AUGGCCACACCAUCACCCGCGAAGCGCAAUGGCAGCGACUACGACGCCCGCCUCCACCAUCGGGACCGCGACCUCGACUCCCAACCGCAGCCCCCUGCCGUAGCCGUCUCCUUGCUUCAGCCCCGCGUCGCCGUCGCACUCGGCGUCCCCAAGCGCUGGCAUCACACCCUCUCGGCAUGUCGCCUGCUGUCCAUGUUCCCUUCCUUCUGGUGGGGGAUCCGCCUGGUUGCACGCUUCCUGCUUGCCGAGAUGUUGCGCGUGUCGAACCGCCAGAGCUCCCUGAACGACAGCGAAACCACCCGGAGGUUGACCGAAACGGCGCUGGCUGCCGUCUGGUGCGGCGCAUCAGCUUACCUCGCCUUCUUCUUCACCGACUGCCUCAUGUCGCGCUGGCUGAUCAACUACACGCCCCAUGCCACCGUUGUGCGGCUCUGCACCAUCAGCUGCGUCUUCGCCUAUCUUACAUCCUGGGUCGUGUACCUGACCGGCGGAACCGAGGACCCAGGCCUACUCCUGCCAGCAUGGAUUGUCAUUGCUACCAUCCUGACCACCUGCUACCACUUCACCCAGCGCAAGAUCAAGAUACGGAAGGAGACGUUCGCUAGUAUAAGCAUGUUCUCCGUCGCUAGUUUCAUCAGUAUGGUGGCCUUGCUGCUGCACUCGCAUUUCACAAGGCUCGAAGCUCCUCACGUUCCCUUGGUCGCCUUUACCAAGCGGACCUGCGAGGUCGUCGGCCAUUUUGUGAUCCAUGUGCUUGGUGUCAAGUAUGAUAUGGCUGGACUAUAA